AUGAAUGCAGAAAUUGAGACAGAGCCAUGCUUAUUAGCAGAUUCAGGAUAUCAAGGUAUUAAUGAUAUAAUACCAUGGGCAAAAAUUCCUUUUAAACGUCAAAGGAAUACAGAAUUAACAGAUGAUCAGAAGGAAUACAACCGAAAACUCUCCAGUAAUCGAAUCAUUGUCGAGAAUUAUUUUUCUCGACUCAAACAAUACUGGAGAGUGAUUGGUGGUAAAUGGCCAUUGAAAAUCAAGGGUGAUCUAACAUUUUAUCAUCACACCUUUGCAAUGUGUGCAGGCCUUACAAAUAAACUUUUCUGCCGACGUCCAUUACGUAGAGGUGCUGAAAGAUGGGAUCUUUUAGAUCUUGAUGGCAUGGAUGAAAAUAGCGAGGCAUAUAACUAUCAGGAAUCAGUUUCUGAAGAUGACAGUGAAAAUUCUUAUUAA